CCCGGUACUCCUCUCUGUCGGGUUCUGAGGACGUCGCCCGAUUCGAUCGGUGCGGUGCGGCGCGGCGCGGUAUGGCCAACUUUGACGAGGUGUACCGAGAGCCUUUUGAGCGCUGCCUCACUCGCUUUCGCGACCAGCUAACCCCGACUAGAUUACGGGACCUCAAGAGGGACGGCCGUGUCGUGAUCGACAACUUCUUGGGGCGGGGAUGGGCUCUGGCGCUGCUCCAAGAGAUGCGCUGGCUGCACGGGCAAGGGCUGAUGCGGCCGAACGAGACACAGUUCUCGCACCCAAACGGGCAGCGGCUGCAAUUUUCCAAGCCCAACAUCUUCGAAGUCGACCUGCAUGAUGAUUCCAUCCGCAACAGACUGCCGGAGAUGAACGCCCUGUUUCACCAAGAAGCGCUCGUGGAGGCCCUGGCGGCCGCGUUUCCCGAAGGCUUGAGGCUCGCGCGCGGCACUCAGGGGAGGACCCUGAAGCUGCAACGGAACGCAGGUUCAGGGGGCUGCUUUCCGCUGCACUACGACAAUCCCGGUCCUCCGAACAAGCGGGCGCUGACCUGCCUCCUGUACCUGAACCCGAGCUGGAAGGAAGGGGACGGAGGGGAAGUUUGUCUCACGCCGUUUCUCCAGAAAGAGGAGGCGAUAGCUCCUCUGCUCGACCGUCUGGUCAUAUUUCGGAGCGAUCGCGUGCUGCACAGGGUGCUCCCGUGCAAUGCCGAGCGCUUCAUGCUGACGGUGUGGAUAGACUCGCCCGACGUCAACCCGCCGGAGGAGUCCACGCUUAGAAUAUCUCGAUCACAGCUCGAUGACUGGCUAGGGUUCUGCGAGUUCUUGAGGAACUCCCCGGUGCAAAGAGUGCUCUCGCGGGGCGUGUACGAGGAGCAGUACGAGCAGUCUCUCCGUGACUGCAUGGCUGGAGCGGAGGGGUACGAGGAAAUGCUCGACGCACACCGGUCCCUGGUGUCUGGGCUGAAGAAGAACAGGGCGCUUCACGGGAUCAUCGAGCGCCUGAGACAAACCGCGGCUUUGGCCGACCUGUCAUGA